AGCUUCUCGCUGAAACUGCAGAAGACUCUCAAAUAAUUUGCUCUUGACUUCCCGCGUUCGCCGCACGACCUUUAGUCAAUUCGGAGUGUUAAAUUCAUAAUCGAUCAAAACAAAACUUUGUUUUAAAUCAGGACGUAUUGUAAACAAAACAUAUGAAUCUCGUUUAAUAUUGUAAUUUGCAAUCGGACAGACGAAUAAUUACAUCAUGUUAUGAAAACUAUUUUUAAUUGAGCAGAACGAAUAAUUCAAAGACAGGAUUAUUUGAAAGGAAUAGAAUUCACAAUGCCACAAGAUAUUCGCUCAUUUUUUGCCAGGCAAAGCUCGUCAUCAGCUGUCACUCAAGAAAAAUCGCGUAGAAAGCCGCCGAGAAUUUCAGAUGAAGAAAAUUCAAGCCCUUCGAAAGUUAAAAAAGCAAAGCACGAUGAUAAAAGUAAAGAUAAAGAAGUAAAAUCCCGGUCCAAAAAACGUACCAUCGAGUCUUCAGACGAAGAUGAUGUCAAAACUGUGAAUGUUAAAAAAGCUAAAAUUGAAGACAGUUCUAAAAAAGUAGAAAUCAUUGAGGACCCUUCAAGUGUAUUUAAUAAGAAACCAGUAAAACGUAUUAAUUCUACUAAAGUUACUAAAAAAGAAAGCCAGAAAACAGAAGCUAAAAAAUCAUCAAAACAUCCAACUGCUUUUGAAGAUGAUGAUUUUGAUGCAACAUUAGACCAGCUAGAUACCUCUCAAAUUGAAGAUGAAUAUUUGAACAGUCUCAAAGAUGACGAAAAGGAGCAUAAUAAAAGUGGAAAGAAAGACAAAAGUUCCCCUGAAAAUAAAAAAAGUGAAAAUUCAAAAGUAAAUAAAGAUAAUGUUCAUUGUGACGUUAAAACAAAAGAUUCUUCUAAGAAGAUUUCUAAAAAAGAUCCUCACCCAAAACUUGAAGUUGAAAAGUCAAGCAGAAUUACAAAGGAUAAGAAAAAAAAUGACGAAUACAAUGAGAUAAUUGAAGAAAAUAUUGAAAAGAAAAAGCAACAUGCCGCUUUAUAUCAAAAUUAUUUGCACCGUGGAGGAGCCAGAAAUCCUGGUUCUAAAGAUGUCCCUGAAGGAGCUGAACAAUGUUUUGCAAAUUUAAGUUUUUUAAUAACAGGUGUACUUGAAUCUUUAGAACGAGAAGAAAUAGAAGAAAUAAUAAAGAAAUAUGGAGGAAAAAUACUAACUACGGUAUCGAAAAAACUCAACUACUUGAUAGUUGGAGACCAGCCCGGACCAUCAAAAAUGACCAAAGCAAAUAGCUUAGGUGUAAAACAAAUUGAUGAAGAUGAGUUUUUAAAUUUACUACGUACUUUACCAGGUCAUAAAGUGAAAAUAGACAAUAGUAAAAUUCAAACCAAUCAAAAAAGUCCUAAAGAAAAAAUUAAAGAAGAAAAUAAAUCUUCAAAUACACCUAUUGAUUCUGAUAAAAAUGAAAGUAUUAAAGUAAAUCAUAAGAGCCCAUCAAAAAAAAUAGAAUUGAUGAAAAUUUCUAAAGUAGAGAUCAAAAAAGAAGAAUUACCAAAGAACCUUAAACUUGAUACUUUAGAAACUGCAUCAAACAAAAAUCUUAAGGUAGUUGAAACAAAAGUAAAAAUUGAAGAAUCUCCUCAAAGUACUGAAUCAAAUAUAGCUAUGGUGACAGCUUUGGUUGAAAAAUAUAGGCCAAAAGAUAUGAAACAGAUAAUCGGUCAAAAUGGUGAUAAAAGUAAUGCUAAAAAACUAUUUAAAUGGCUAUCUAAUUGGUACAAAUAUCAUGGUUGUCAUGCAACAGAAAAAGGUGUAAAAACAUCUUGGAAAGAUGAUUCUGGAAUCACCAAUAAAGCAGCUUUGCUGUCAGGUCCACCUGGUGUGGGCAAAACUACUACUGCUUAUGUUGUCUGUGCCCAAUUAGGAUUAGAAAUUUUAGAGUUUAAUGCUUCUGAUACAAGAAGUAAGAAAUCCUUGCAAGAUGAAAUAUCAAGUAUUCUUUCUAACAAAACUGUUAAAACACUAUUUUCAAAUACAACUGAUAAAAGUAAUGCCACAAAACCAAAGCAUGUGUUACUUAUGGACGAAGUAGAUGGCAUGGCUGGAAAUGAAGAUCGUGGUGGAAUGCAAGAAUUAAUUUCCCUCAUUAAGGCCACCGAAAUUCCCAUAAUUUGCAUUUGUAAUGAUAGAGCAAGUCAAAAAAUAAAAUCUCUUGCUAAUUAUACAUUUGAUCUAAGAUUUCAAAAGCCUAGAGUAGAACUCAUCAGAGCAGCAAUGAUGUCUCUUUGUUUUAAGGAAGGUAUUAAAAUUACUCCAGAUGAAUUGUCACAAAUUAUCAAUUCAACAAAUCAAGAUAUUAGACAAGUCAUUAAUCAUUUAUCUAUGAUGUCUGCAAGCAAACAAAAAUCAGAACAAAACUACCAGGAAAAAUUGAAAAACCUCAAACUAGGACCAUGGGAUGUCAUUCACAAAGUUUUCAGUUGCGACGAACAUAAAAACAUGAAGUUUCGUGAUAAAAGCGACUUAUUUUUCCAUGAUUACAAUAUUGCGCCUCUUUUUGUUUAUGAAAAUUAUCCAAUGGUUAGGCCAAAUGCUCCACGUUCUGAACUUCUUGCCAGACUGUCAAAAGCUAGUUCCAGUUUAGCUAUUGGAGAUACAAUUGAAAAAGCUAUAAGAAGUAAUCAAUCGUGGAGUCUUUUACCAGUACAGGCUGUAUUCUCUUCAGUAAUACCAGGAACAGUGAUGUCAGGUCAUAUGGGUGUCAGACCUAAUUUUCCAAGCUGGCUUGGAAGAAAUUCUAAGAGCAAUAAAUUUGAUCGACUGCUUCAAGAACUAACUUUGCAUAUUCGUUUAACUACAGGAGCAAGCAAAGAAUCAGUUAACUUAGAUUACAUCAAAAUGCUGGUUAAUUCUAUAUUGACACCUUUAAUUAAUGAUGGUGAAAAUGGUAUUGAUCAAGCUGUAGCAGUAAUGAAUGAAUAUCAUUUAUCAAGAGAAGAUUUGGAUUCAUUAAUAGAACUCACUCAGUGGCCACAUACCAGAGAUCCUAUGCAAACUAUUCCACCUAAAUUAAAGGCAGCAUUCACUAAAGCAUAUAACAAAAGUGCUCAAGCGUUUAGCAAUACUGGUACUACAACAAAGAAAAAGUCUGCUCGAGAAAAUAAAGAUGAUGAAUAUGCAGAUGGAAAUGAUGAGCCUCUAUCUGAUGAAAAUGAAGAAGAUGAAAAAAUUGAAAAUGAUAAGCUUAUUAAGGCCAAAACUUCUAAAGCAAAAAGUGCUCCAAGUAAAGCCAAGGCAACGGCUAAAACAUCAAAACCUUCCGCAUCUAAAACUGCGAAAAAACCUUCAACUGCAAAUAAAAAAAAAUGAAAUGAUGUUUCAUAUUGAUUUUUGUGUAUUAAUAAUACAUUAAAUUUGCCUCUGUAUACCAGACUGAAUGUUGUAUAGUUAAUAAUUAUAUUUUUUAAUGCUAAUCAUCGAAACUAUUAAAUUUUUGUAUUGAAACUGAA